GUUUCUCUUUCUUCUGGGUUUAUAGAAGCAUCAGUGGCUGUUCUUCCUUGAAAUCUUGUUGUCAAUGAGUUUCAUUUUCCAACCACUCUAUAUUUAUUGAUUUUUGUGUGGAAGCAGCUCCAAUUUUGUGACUGACGGCUAUUUUUUCUGGCUUUCAGUCAGUCGGAGAACAGGAAAAGCGCAUUCUUGUUGUAUAGUUUGUACACAAUCUGUAAGUCACUUAGUUCAAGCUGUCUUUCGAUCCCAGUAGUGCAAAGCAAGAAAAUAUAGCCAACAAACUUAUUGCUAUCAGGGAUAGUGUGGAAAUUCAGAAAAGGUGCAGCCUCCCCAAGGUUACCUAUUUAGUUUUGGCAGUUGGCAGUUUGAAAAUACUUAGAAAUGUCUUUGGCUGCUCCGAGUUCCCUUUUGAAGGUGGAGGAAAUACAAGGAAGAGGGAGGGGAAUGGUUGCAUCUCAGCCUCUUAAAGCUGGUCAAAUUGUCCUGAAAGACUCCCCCAUUCUGCUGUAUUCAGCUUUGCCCUUGAUCAGACAGUCUUUGUCAGCGUCAUCCUCUGCCUCAACUUCAUGUUUCUGUGAUCACUGCUUCAGAACCUUGCCUCCAUUUUUACUGGGAGAUUCUUCGUCAUCCACAGUUUUGUGCCCCAAUUGUCGCUACCAUCGUUUCUGCAGCUCAAGUUGUCUUUCAAAGGCAUCGAACUCCUCCCAUUCUUCUUGGGUAUGUCAAGCGUUAUCUAGUCUCAGAUCCAAUUCUCUACUGCUUGAACAGCCGCUUGAGCGCCAAGUCCAGGCUAAUUUUCUCAUAGCUGCCUACAAUCUUGCCAAUAUCUCCCCUUCAGACUUCCAAAUUUUGCUUUCUCUCCAGGGUUCUCCUGAUGAUACCACCAUUGCUGCAUCCAAGUUCCUACACCCCCUUAUUUCAUCUCUCUGCUCACUAUCUAUCAUUAGUCCCCAGAAUGGAUUUUCUUUAGAACUCACCUCUUUACUUCUUGUCAAGGACAAGCUCAAUGCCUUUGGAAUAAUGCAGCCCUUCUCCGCAGAUGACGACCAGAGGUCUGUCAGAGCCUAUGGUAUUUACCCCUAUGCUUCCUUUUUUAACCAUGACUGCCUUCCCAAUGCCUGCAGAUUUGAUUAUGUGGACAUCAAUCCACAUGAAGACAGCCAUAAUACUGACUUUAUUAUUAGGAUGAUUCAUGAUGUUCCCCAAGGUAGGGAGAUUUGUUUGAGUUAUUUCCCUGUGAAUGAAAACUAUUCUAGUAGGCAAAAGAGACUGAUUGACGACUAUGGCUUCUCCUGUAAUUGUGAUCGAUGUAAUGUGGAGUCAAAUUGGUCAGAUAAUGAUAGUGUUGAAGAUAAUGCUGAGGAUGAGGAGGAGGUUAUGGAUGAGGACCAAUCUGAAACUAUGGAAGCGUCAGACACUGAUAAACAUGCUCUUGAAGAUAAUAAUGAUUUCCCACAUGCAUAUUUCUUUUUAAAAUACAUGUGUGAUAGAACGAAUUGCUGGGGAACAUUAGCUCCAUUACCUCCGGAGGGUGAUACUCCAUCUAAUUUCAUGGAAUGCAAUGUCUGUGGAAAAUUGAAGAGUGACGAUACCUUUGAUGUAGAUGAAGGUCUUAUGGAGGACUAAGCAUCUAGCAUGCUACUUGAAAAACAUUGAUUGUGUUUUUACAAUUGAAGAACUUGUUUUAGAAGCCUGAAGCCCGUUCUUAAAGUCUGGAUCUUUUUUCAUGGGCCUUUUAAGAUGAUUGUAGUAGAAGUAAUUGGUUAUCAAUGAAAAAGAAUGAGUAGUCUUUCUGGUCAUAUGGAUAGUCAGAGUCAAACUGAUUUUUGUUGUUAUUAUUCAUUUCUGGUUUGACCUA